AUGGCGGACGCCGAUGAGGACGUCGCUGUUAUCGGGAUGGGAUGUAAUUUCCCUGGAGGCGAGGGUCUGGAUAAUUUCUGGAAAGUUCUGCAGGAGGGAAGGAAUUGCGUGUCGGACAUUCCCGCUGAAAGGUUCGACAACAAUUUCUGGCACGACGCUGACGUCACCAAACCCGGAAAGAGCCAAACAGCAAAAGCUGCAUUUAUAAAAGGGUUUAAUGAGUUUGAUCCCUCGUUUUUUGGGAUUCCUGAAGUAGAAGUGGACUUCAUGGAUCCUCAGCAGAAGCUGCUGCUGCAGUGCAGCUACAGAGCCUUGGAGGAUGCAGGAAUACCUAUGGAGAGCCUCAGCGGAACCAGAACCGGUGUUUACAUCGGUUUAAUGAACAGAGACUAUGAGAUGAUCAGGGAUAACAAGCCGGAGACAAUAACACAUUACAACUGCACCGGGACGGCCGUGAGCAUCGCAGCCAACAGGAUUUCCUUCACCUUUAACCUCACUGGUCCUUCUCUCGUUAUCGACAGCGCCUGUUCUUCUUCUCUGGUGGCUCUGCAUCUCGCCUGUCAGGCCAUAAAGCAAGGUGACUGUGAGAUGGCGCUGUGUGGAGGAGUUAACUGCAUCAUUGAGCCAAGAGUGUUUGUUGCUCUCAGCAAAGCCAGGAUGAUUUCUGAAGGAACCAGCAAGCCUUUCUCCACCAGCGCAGACGGCUACGGAAGAGGAGAAGGCUGUGGCGUUUUGCUCCUGAAACCUCUAAAAAAGGCCUUGAAGGAGAGCAAUAAAAUAUGGGGUGUGAUUUGCAAGACUGCCGUCAACCAAGACGGACAUUCGGUGACUCCUCUCACCAAACCUUCAGUGACGCAACAAGAGGAGCUACUCAGGACAAUGUACUCCAACGCUGAUUUCAAAAAUGUCCAGUACAUCGAAGCUCAUGGGACUGGGACUCCAGUUGGAGACCCAACAGAAGCAGCUAGCAUCUCAAACGUCAUUGUCAAAGCAAGACCUCCAGACUCAGAGACACUAUGGGUUGGCUCGGUGAAGGGCAACAUCGGACACACCGAAUCUGCAGCUGGAGUGGCUGGCCUGAUCAAGGUACUCCUAAUGAUGAAGCGCCAAACUAUUGUUCCCUCAGUUUUCUAUUUCAGAGACAACUCAAGUGUAGAUACACAAACCCUGAAUUUAAAAAUACCAGACAAAUUAGAAAGAUGGGAGGCAAAUCAACCACUUGGAAGGCUAGCUGGGGUCAACAGUUUUGGGUUUGGGGGAACAAACGCGCAUGUAAUUUUAAGAGAACACAUUCGUCAAGUAUUUCCCACAAAAGCUUGGCAAAAACUCUUUGUGUUGUCAGCUGCUUCUGAGAAAUCACUCAUAAUGACCAUUGCAGACACCCACCAAAGACUGUGCAGCAGUGACACACUUGACUUUCAGACACUUUCAUACACCUCUGCUUGUGGGAGGAGUCAUUUCAAACACAAAUAUCGGAAAGCCUUUUUGACAUCUUCCCUCUCAGAUCUACAACAACAGCUCAAAUCGGCACAAAAGACGGAGUUUCAGUCGGUUCAGUCUGACAUCCAGGUUGUCUUUGUGUUUUGUGGAAAUGGGGUUUGCUACAGGGGUAUGUGCAGACAGCUCAUGAGGCAGGUUCUUGCUUUCAAAGAGACAGUCCAAAAAGUUGAAAUUGCCUUUCAGACGUACUCUCCCAUCAACAUCAGUAAACUCCUUGAGAGUGAAUGUGAUGACGUCGAUAUUAGCAGGCCAGAUGUUAUCCAGCCUCUUCUUUUUGCAGUACAAGUUGGGAUUGCCACCCUGCUGAAGCAGUGGGGUGUUAAGCCCUCUGCCAUGCUUGGCCACUCUAUUGGAGAGGUCGCUGCGGCUCACUGCUCUGGUCUUUUGUCUCUUUGUGAUGCGGUGAAAGUGUUGCACCACCGCAGUACUCUUCAGAGUAGAGUCACAGGAGGAAAGAUGCUUGUCAUCGACAAUGUGGCAGUAGAAAAAAUUGUUGAAGUUCUCACAGUCUUUGGUGGCAAGAUCUGUGUUGCUGCUUUCAACAGCCCUCAGUCCUGCACUUUGUCAGGUGAUGCAGGUUCAGUGGAUGCUCUCCAUGAUAUGCUGAAGAAAAUUGCAGAUGCAAAUAUCUUCCUCUGUAUCUUAGAUGUCCCUGCUGCUUACCAUAGCCACAUGAUGGAUCCAAUUCUAGAUGACAUUGAGAGCAGCAUAGGCUUUUUGAAUACUAAAAGCAUAGAGUGUCACCUGUUUUCCACAGUUACUGGAGAGAGACUUUCAGAUGGGGAUUUCACUUCUGGCACAUACUGGGCAAAGAACAUCCGGGAGCCUGUUUUAUUCAAGAAAGCUCUUUGUGCUGUUUUCAGAGAGAAACCGGCAAAAGGAAAUGUGGUCUUUGUAGAGAUUGGACCUCGAAUGGCUCUCCAAAGGUACAUCUGUGAAACUCUUGGCAAUGAAGCCAAAGUUCUCCCAUCAGUCCACCCAAACAAAGACUGUGACACCAUUUCCUCAACUCUGGCCAGACUGUUUGAAUUUGGCAUUAAUGUAGACUGGAAGGAGCUCUUCAGGGGCUGUGAGAUAUCACCCUGUACUCCUCCAGUUUACCAGUUUGACAACACAAAGAAUGAAGUGAAUUUUGAAGCCUUAAGGGGAGAUAAUGAACCAUCUGGUGUUUUUUGCGAUGGACUUGAGUCCCAAAUUAAAAGGGACAAGAAAGAAUACACAUUUGAACUGUCUUUGAAGACAGCACCCUAUCUCUGGGAUCAUAAAAACAAUGGCAUUGCCAUUGUGCCAGGGGCAUUUUAUGUUGACUUAGCUUAUGCCUUGGUGAUGCCCAACCUGAAGCCAAAGAAGCCUGCCUCUCUAGUCUUUCUCAGUAUAGAAUUUGAGAGUGUGCUUACUCUCAAUUCAAACUCUAAGAAGCUGAAGAUGAUACUGGAACAAUCAGAAGGGAAAGCCUUGUUUAAAAUACAGUCACCUGCUGCAGUUCAUGCCUCAGGCACAUGCAGGCAUAAAGGUCAGGAACAGCAACCACUGCUAGAGGAAGCAACCAUUUGUCUUGAUAUGAUCUACCAAAGGUGCAAAAUCAUUCUGACACAGCAAGAAAUGUAUUCACUUCUCUCUCAGGCUGGAUUUGAGUAUGGCCCACUUUUUAGGCAUCUAAACAAUGUGCAUCUUGGCAACAAAUUCAAGGAAGCCGUGACUGCUUUCCAAGUUCCAGAGGACAUUCUAAAAGUCCAUAACCAUUUCAUUCACCCUGUGCUACUGGAUUAUUUCAUUCAAAUGGCUGCAGUGGUAGCAAUGGGACAACAAGGAUUCAAGCAGGGAUUCCCAUCACAGAUUGCCAGUAUUGCUAUUUCAGAACCCCUGCAGGAGACAAUGGUCAUGUAUCUUCGGACAACUCAAGAGACUCAAGAUUUUCUUGAGGUGUGUGGUUGCUUUUCUACCAAAGAUGGGAAGGUAUUGGUGGAAUUUAAGGGUGUAAGAAUUUCCUUUUUGCUCCAAAGAUCAGAUGUUACCAAGUCUUUGUUUUUUCAUAGUGAAACAGUUGCAUUAGCAGAAGAGAGAGAUGUGGAUGGCUCUAAAAUAAAAGCCAUCAUCUUUGAAGAUCACAUGGGCAUUGCUAAAGGUUUAAGACCUUACAUAUGCACUGAUUCAGUCAUUGUAGGGAUCAGAAAGAAGUUAAGUGCAGAUGAAGUAAAAAGCCUAGUGAUUCAUUCGUUGACCAGCAAUGAGAAUCUGGAGAAAGUUCUCUUCAUUUGGGGUGUGGAGAACCUGACUCACUUGUCCUCUGAAAUUAUUCUGGAGAGCUUAGUGACUUGUUGUGAGAUAUUUCGUCACAUUGUUUUGGCUGUCAAAGAGAGCAAAUGUUUGUGUGCCAUCAAAGUCAUAACUUACAGAUCAACAGAACUAAUUGUGGACCAUUUGGAUCUCCUUCAGAAGAGAAAUGGGGUUUCUGUCCUAAACAUCCAGUGUGAUGUUUCAGAGUCAAAGCAGGUGGUGGAUACCAUCACCAAGAUUGGGGUAGCGUUUCCAUCUUGUCCAAUCAAAGGAGUCUUUCAUAGUGCUGCCGUGCUGCAUGAUUCCCUCAUUGAAUCCCUCGAUGAGUCGCUGUUCAGAAAGGUGCUUAAACCCAAAGUCAGUGCAUUGGGCAUUGACUCAAUGCUGGCCAUGACUCUGCAGAACAAAAUCUACCAGGAGACAGAAAUAAAUGUGCCUUUGGUUACAAUUCUGGAUCCUAACACCACACUUACCACUCUGGUCAGUUUUGUGCAGAACAGCAUGUAG